AUCCACGGCCAGCCUGAGUGGUGAAUCAGCCCAACAAUUUUAACGUAACCAUCGCCCCAAUGGAUAGAAUUCAUACCGUAAUCCAGCAAUGGUUACGCUAUGUUAUGCCAUAGAGAAGAAGAACCACAAAUACCUGUAGUCACAACACCACCGUUGGUAAAAAACAUACAAUAUGUUGAUGCUGGUUGAUUGUAGUGCACCUCAUUUUAGGCAAAUAGGAGAGAUGCGACUACUAUUCCUAGAGAAUUGUGAUACGUGAAGAGGUACGUCUGUACUUAAAACGGCAGUAGCAGCAGUUUACCAUACCAUUGGCAUAAAGUUCUCAUUGGCAGCGUUUAGAAUAAUAUUAUCCAAUUUUGUUUGAACAAUAAAAAGCGUAUAUAUUUAUAGUGAGAGGAAGAGAGAUCUAGGUUUUAACAGGAUGCAUUUAAUAUGGUAGCAAACAGGGGACAGCCGAAAAGUGGAACCAUUGUCAACUACUUUACUACUUAUUGCUUAGUGAGAUCAAAUUAUUAUUUGCAGUCCAUUUUCCAGUGUCCCACUUUUAUGGAGACUGUCACAUCAUCAUCAACCAUACCGCAAGGUGUCAAAAUUAUAAUAUGGUAUGCGUGUCUUUAGUAUACUAGAAUCUCAGGAGGUGUUCAAGGUGUGGUUAAUGGUGGCGGUGGGUGAUUAUAAAUAACUAAUUAGAAUUUGACCUACGGCACAAAGACACAACAGCUAAAUUAAAGCCACUCUGCUCUCCAGAUUGGGAGUACAAGAAAAUUGAGACAAGAUUUUAUUCAUUUCCGGAAUCUACUCUAAUCAAAUGGAGGAUUCUGACAAUAAUCGUGUGGGUUCUCGAGAAAAGGGGGGCAGCAGGUGGGUCAAGUUUAAUGAGAAUGAAGAAACCGAAAAUUCUGAGACGAUAAACGGACAAGAUGACCACCAUCACAAUCACACCAGUAUUAAUGUUAAUCCGGCUGUGAUUGAGCCUACCGUGGAAAUCCAGUCUCCCAUCAGCAGCGGCACAAAAUCUCAUCCUCUUCCUUCAUCACCGUCCUCUAAUAACACAAUUCAUCUUCAUCAUGCAGGAAAUCUUCAGACGAUUGAGCUCCACAAUUCUCUCGAAAAUCAAACUAUGCCAAGUGGUUCUUCCGCAGAAACUUUGUCCGGAACGACAAGCAGCACUGCAAAUGGGAACAGAAGAAAUACUUCCGGUUUCACCAACGGUGAUGUGAUUGUCUCAAUUUUACCUGUAAACACGAAAUGGCCAUGGAUUACUCCUGCUUCUUUCCGUCCAGAAUUAGUUCCAGAAGAACUAAUGGCUCCUGGCCUUACAUUGACCGUUGAAGAGUACGUUCAUGCAAUGGAGCUUCUGACCUCCGAUGUUAGAUUUAAUGCCUACACAAUUUGCUAUAAGCGAUUGCUGGCUUCAUGGCUAAGUUUGGCCUUCUUCAUUCUUCUCAUCAUCCUAUUUUCCGGCGUGGUUGGAAUCCAUUUGUUCGCACUUGGAAUCUCUUGGCUCAUCAUCAAUGCUGCAGCUGUAUUCUUUUGCAUGUAUCUUAAAAUCAAGAUAAAUCAAGGGCUUGAACGUUGUAUGGCACGUGUUAACAAAAUGUUUUUAAAACACAAACUAAUCGUCGGCUUGGAUGAUCGAGGAAGGAUUUCCUGCCAUAAAGUUCACCUUUGUUUCAUUUAUUUUGACCCCAACGAAUGCGUUAAACGGUUAGAGCAAGUUCUCGAAGGGUCACAAGACCGACAAAGAAUGCAAAGCCAUUUGGAUGCGCAAGAUGUCGAAAUUGUUAUAACUGGAGCACAAAAUACAACACGUAUUCCACAGAAGCAGCAGAAGGGGGAGCGACUUUUCCUUCGUUACGUACAACGAUGGGGAAAGGACUAUCUGCGUCGUCGGCUAGACUGGACGACAGGCGAGGGGGGCGAAAACCCCUCCUCCCCGCGCCACCUCACCUCCGCCCUUUGCCCCUGCCAGUACGUGGAGGAGUAUUUGCGCCACAAACCCGUCGCCCAGGCCGAAAAUUCUUCCUGGUCCUGGUGGUUUCCCUGCUUCUCCCAACCUCAUCAAGCACAGGCCUCGUAGACUGUACCCAAUUUACUUUAGACCUAAAGUAACUGACAACUUUGUCUGUCAUUUUAUACAUACAUGAUCAACCUGGCUGUGACCAUUGACCAAACCAAAGCACCCUUCGUAGAAUUAAUGCACGAAACAACAAUAUUUUAGUGUUUUCAUAAUUUUUCAAAUCUUGUACAAACGAGGAAGGAUGCAGAAUCCAGUGAAACAAAAACCUUGGGGAUGCUUUAAAAAGUUGCAAGUUUUAUAAGUAUGCAAUACAUGUAUAUCAUUGCAUGAUUUACUUAUAAUAAAAGUUACAAACUUUACAGCUUUACAAUGCCCAAAUCUUAUUUUUAUGCUCUAUGAACAAUCAGAAGAUGUGCCCACUUAAUAAUUGUAAUAUGCUCAAGUCAAGAUAAUUAAAUAUGUACUUUAACCAAUUAGACAAAUCAGAUAAAUUUCAUAUAUAGUAAAAGGUUUUGUAUCCAUUUAUCCAUCCUGGUUGUGUAUAGAGAACAUACUGAUAACUGAAUACUGCAUAGAAUCAUCAAACAAAGUUAUUAUCCAGCAAUUAUUUAUUUAAUAAAAUUGGGUAUUUUAUUAAAUGAAGUGUAAUAUAAGAUAUAGUAAAAGAUAGUGUACUGCUCUAUUAAAUUUCUGCAUGUUAUUGUUUAACCUUAAUAAUUUAGAGCUUUCUCUACUAGACUGACGCUGAAAGACUUUUCUUUUUUAAUCUGUACGACAAGAAGGAAUGUUUUAUGAGAAUAAAUGCAAGUUAUGUGUUAUCAACGUUUA